UUUAGAGUGUGCGUUAGGACGGUCAACACGUGGGGAGGAGAGACAAGCGACACACACAUACACGAGAAGCGGGGGGUCACGUUGGGAUUGUGCUGGGCCUUGAACACGUAACAUUAAUAUUAUACGGCGGCGGUGCGAGGGACGCAUAAACACCGUGUAGCUGCUAGGGUCUAGAGGAGAUGCCACUGAGGUUCCGGUCCUUUGUUCCGUAUACGCUUCCUGGAGUGCUGGCGCUCAUAGGCUGGUGGUGGUACAUCUCCCGCAAGAAAGAGCGAACCACCAGCCAAGACAGUGAAGAGGGGUCGGUUAUGGGCUUGCUAACCUCCUCUGGUGAGGGCAGCAAUGGGAUGGUCGAAAAUAGCUGCUCCACGGCCAGUGGUGUACACCGCAGAACCAGCCGAGACAAAGUCAAGGCCAAAGACCACAGACCUGUUGAGCAGGAAGUUGUAGCGGAGAUACACACGCCGGUGCUAAAAGCCACUGCGGGGGAGGCUCUUGGUGCCCCUCCAGUUGUGUUGGCCAGUGGACAGCUAAGCGCUCCUCAGAGCAGUACAAAAUCCAUCCCCCUGCAAAGUCACCCAGAGACGGCAACUCCGGUGUCAUCUUCAACCCCAACAAAAACAGUGGAAGAGAGCACUUAUAACAAAGGACCAGAGGCCGGCAUUGGCAACAAACCCUCAAGCCAUUUACCUUCAAUCAAGAAGCAGGUCGAAAACCAACCACUAACUAAGCAGCGUCCCGCAGAGCUAGCCAAAGCAGAGCGACCUGAACCUGAGGGAGAGGUGGCCACUGAAACCUCAGCACCAACUUGCACUCAGAAUAUCCCGACUGACCUUUUAAAAGAUGAGCUUCCCUCUGCUAUAUCUUCAACAGAGAGCGAGGCGGUCUUGCUGGAGACCUGCAUCCUGAAAACACCACUAACCCUGACCCCGUUCCCUAACUCCACCAGCACACCCCUUUCAGAAGGCUCCACAGAGGCUUGGCACCAUGAAAACGGAGACCUGGGAUUGCCGGCUGAGACCAGUCCAGACAUGCAGGAGCUCCAGCGUCUCGCGGCAGGGCUGAUCACUGAAGUCAUCUCGGCAGCCACCCAGGAGGUCAUGGCGGUCAGCAGCUGUGAGUCCCAGUCCAUCAAGGGCUCUGAAGUGUCCGACAGCAGCACGCCGGCUGUAAAUGGUAAGGAAGUGGAGUCGUGUAUACCUCCAGAGAGUAAGGAAAGCGCAGAGUCACAGGCGGUGGAGAUAGCAGAAGACAUCGUCAACGGUUGUCUGCAGCCUUCACUCUGGAAGAUGCCGGAGAAUGAGAAGGAAGGAGUCUCGUUGACUGUGCCGUCUGGGGAGCAGUUGGAGUCCACGCCAGUUCUGGCCAAGCUGCAGGCAGAGGAAACUCUAGUGGAAGACUCGGGAUGUAGCACGUGCCAGUCCGAGGAUGGGAUCAGCAGCGAGGAUCUCCACAGCACAGGGUUGUCCUCGAACGUGUCUGAGAGUAAAGAGGACCUCAUUCAAAUUUCAGGGACUUGUAGGGCCUCUGAGGGUCAAGGAGAUGGACUACAGGAGAGUCUUUCUCUAAUUGCCCCUCAGGAGUCUCCGCUUACAGCAGAAAACGUGGCUACGGUUUGUGAGGCAGCGCGGCUGAAUGGAACAGGCUUUAGGAAUGGCGCCGCUAGUGAGGUAGAAGCUGACCAAUCAGGAGGUUCAGAUGUGAAUAGCAUGGAUUCAGUGGACAGCUGUUCGACCUUGGGGGCGGGAGACAGCCAGCCGAGUGGCAGCCAGACCUGUCAAUCACAGAGCUCUGAGCUGAUUGUGUGGGAGAUUGAGGUGCCAAAGCAUCUAGUGGGACGGCUAAUCGGCAAACAAGGGAGAUACGUGAGCUUCCUGAAGCAGAGCUCUGGUGCUAAGAUCUACAUUUCAACCCUGCCUUACACUCAAGAGUUUCAGAUCUGCCAUAUAGAGGGAGCCCAGCAGCAGGUCGAUAAGGCGCUGGCCUUGAUUGGGAAGAAGUUCAAAGACUUGGACCUGACAAACUUGUACGCCCCACCUCCCCCACCGCUAACGCUGCCCUCUCUGCCCAUGACUUCCUGGCUUCUGUUGCCCAAUGGGGUGACGGUCGAGGUGAUCGUGGUGAAUAUUGUAUCAGCCGGUCACCUGUUUGUCCAGCAGCACACUCACCCUACAUAUCAUGCCCUGCGCAGUCUGGACCAGCAGAUGUUCCUGUGCUAUUCACAGCCAGGGACGCCCCCCUUGCCAUCACCUGUUGAAGUUGGAGUGAUUUGUGCAGCCCCAGCUGUAGAUGGAGCCUGGUGGCGAGCGCAGGUCAUCUCCUUCUACAAAGAUUCAACCGAAGUGGAAAUCCGAUAUGUUGAUUAUGGUGGCUAUGAUAGAGUCAAGAUUGACACUCUUCGACAGAUCAGGUCGGACUUUGUGACAUUACCGUUCCAAGGAACAGAAGUGUUGUUAGAUAACAUUGCCCCACUUCCAGGAGAGGAUCGGUUCUCAGCGGAGGCCAAUUCUGCCCUGGAAGAGAUGACUAGAGGGGUUCCACUGCUGGCACAAGUCACCAACUACGACAAUAAUACAGGACUUCCCUUAGUACACAUGUGGAACAUGGUGGGAGAGGAGCUGGUCCUGCUCAACCGCACUUUGGCAGAGCGAGGUUACGGCACUUGGGUGGACAGUUUCUGAUCCUCCAGAGCUCCCUCGCCCUCCUCUCCUCACUCACUUCGCGGCCCGCCUGCCCCUUAAUCAUCACCACUCAUCAUGAAUAUCUGCAGGUUCUGUCCUCCUCACCCCAUCGUGUCCUCCACCACCUCCUACCUGAAGUGUGCAUCACUGGCUCCGAGAGUUUCUUUUUUGGUUUGCUGUCCUCUCCAUCCGGCCUUUUUCUAUUUUCUUUUCUUUUCUAUCCCCUUGCGUAAGAUAUCGAUGUACUGUAUGAAAGAAAAAAAACGAAGAGUCAAGCGUCCGAACAACUAAGGACUGAAGUUUUCUUGACUUUGUGCUCUUGUAAAUUUAAGAUAUUGUAACUAAAUAAAGGUUAAUCAUGCUUUCCGUCCGAUCAGACUCCUUCCAGCACAAAAAAUGGUGGAUUAACAUGCUGUGGAUGUAGUAAUAAAAAAAAAAAGUACACUUUAUGAAGAUAACUGGUGCAGUUAAGACUCUGGGUUGUUGCUGCUGAUGUAAUCUUGGGACUUGAGACAUCAUGAUUGCAUUUUACAUUAUCACGGCUUCAUCCAGUCGGAUGAGUUUUGGAAAGCUGAUCUGGGUACAGUUCAGCAAGGAAUAAACAACCACAGCCCCAUGUCAUCCAUGUCUGUCUGUACAACAGUGUGGCCUUUGGUGAUACGCAGCCCAUCUCAUGACCUCCCUCUUCACCACACUCUGGAUCUUUGGGACUCAGAUGGGCCUGACACCGAGAGUCACUUCAUUUACUUCACCGAUCCAGGAGACGUCUGUGCCCUCCUGACCUCUGGACCUUUCUAGAAAAGACUAUUCUGAGUCCUCAAUCCUAGAGCGACACUAGAGUUCAAAUGGUGCUGCUACCGAAGACUAAAGGCUGUCCUUUACGCCAAAUUCUGACCUGUGGGGACACUAAAUGAAUGACUACAAAAACCAGAACACUACUGCGUGACGGGACAGCAGGGCACUACUAUUCUGGGUGGAUGAACUGCAUUCAGUGGGUCUGUGUGUUUUUGUAUGCAUGUAAUUUUGCUCUAAAGCACGUCGAUUCACAUGUCACAUUAUCAUCUGGGUAAUGGGCUGCUUGCUUUUGUCUCACUCAAUAUCCGUCUCGCAAUAACGUCACAUCUAAUAGACCCAUUGCCAUUAAUGUCUCUUUCUAUUCUGUAAAUAACAUGGUACACCGUGUCCAAUCCCAGCAACCCACCCAGUUGUCUACUAGGAGAAGCUGUCAAUACACAAACCGAUCUUGGAGAAGAUAAAAAGCUGUAAGCCUUAUCCAUUGUUCUUUUUUUUUAUGUUGGUUUUACAUGGGAUGUCAUUUAGGUCUGCUUUAUUACUAUAUAAUUUCUGAAAGAGUAAUGGCACAGAGAUUAAUAUUACCUUUGUUUGUAUCUUAUGCUCUUUCAGUCAUGUAAUGGCCUUUUGGCCAAGGCUGGUCCCUCUUUCUGCUGCUGUAUUGUUGCUAAUCUAAUGUUGUUGGACUCCAGAAUGUCUAAGGUCUUCUUUGCAGGAGACAUUUUCAGGCUUUUAGCUUGCCAUUGUGGGUUUUUUUGACAGUUGGCACUGCAGUUGUUAGCCUCCUAAAGCCCUUGAUGAACUUUACACCGCGUGAAAAAAUGAACUAAAAGCUCCCUGCUACGGCAUGUAUUUGGCUUAACCAGAAAAAAUCUGGAUAAAAAUAGAAAAUAUAUUUUUUUACACUUUUAUUUUGAAGCUAUAAUACACACUGCUGACUCUAGUUGUAGUAUAGAGCGCUAAGUAGGCUAUAUGAGAACUGACGGCGUCGGAAAGUUAUGUCGGCUUUAGUUGUCUGUGACGGGCUCUACACGGUUUUCCACUAUGCUACUAAGUUUUUCUGCAAUAUUUCCUUCACAAGCUCUUGUUUCUAUACAGUCCUGCGUUCACCUCAGGUAUGAGCUUUUCAUUUCAUACUUUUCUGUGUGUGAGGAGAAUUAUUAGUCCUAUUCUUUCAGGAAUUGAUGUAACGUUACUUGACCUGUGUGAACGUGCGCGGCCCGUUAUAGGCCUGCCUGCACUGCAGCAGGUGAAUAAGGAACCACACCGACCUCAGAGCCGAAACGUUUCAUUGUUCUGUCUUUUAGGUCUGUUUGUUUUACGGUUUUUGUAUUGAUCGUCAAAUUACUCUUUGCAUACGCUUAUAUCUUGACUGACACGGCCUCCUACCACCAGUUCAAAUGUGUCCUCCUGUAUGUUCCUACCGCUCUCCUGUAAUGAAAAAUCACGCUACUUUAGAAUUGUCCAGGUGUGUGUGUGUAUAUAUAUAUAUAUAUAUAAAAUGUAUCACUGUACUUUUGUAAAAACACUGGAGCGAGUGUAGGAAACAAGGGAACUUUUUUUUUCCACCCCCACCUUGCGAAAUCUGCUCAUUUGUUAUCUGUUGGUAGGAAUGGUUUGAAAUGUUUGCUUAGCUAGAUAAUUAAUCAUUUGAUUAUUUAAAUGAGUGUAAGAAGUUCUGCAUAGACAUGUACAGGUCAGUUUCUGCCAGACUUAUUACAAGGUUUGAUUCUUUGGUUGUACAGAUAUAUUGAAAAAAGAGAAUAAAGUUAUUAAAAACA